AUGGCUGCAAUCACAGCAGUGAAAAGCAAUGUGGACGCUGAUUUGGUCCUUGAGCUGCACGUCCCAGUCUCCAGCAUAUCAUUAAAUGGCCUUGAUGUUGUCAGAAAAACUCUGAAAAGUUUCAGAUUCCCCUACAUUGUUGAUCAGACUUUGAACGUAACAGGAGUUAAUAUGACCACAGUUUGCUAUCCAAACUCAACUGGAGGUCUGCCGUGUCAGUGUGAGGAUCAGUUUGUCUGGUCAUGUGACCAGUGUAAGACCUAUGGUGUGUGCGGUAACCUCACCACACACACCUGUGGAUGCAUAAAUGGACUUCCUUCUGACGGAGGGUUGUGUGAACCAAUCACAAGGGUCUGUACUACAAAGUAUCGCUCCAUGUCCACUCACAACCCCUACCCCAACCCCCACUCCAACCCCAAGUCCAACCUCAACCCCGACCCCAACCCCUACCCCAACCCCCACUCCAACCCCAAGUCCAACCUCAACCCCGACCCCAACAUCUGGUAUGAGAAACUCUUUCUUUCCUUUUUAUGUUCAGAGGAGCCAAAUGUCGAGAUGAAGUUCUCGUUUACCAUGGCAAUGGACUACAAUCCUGCCUUCAACAACCCCAACGAUACAGUUUAUCAAGAUGUUAAUGCCACUAUUCAAAAGCAAAGUAAGGAGCACAUCCCAACCUUAAAAUCAGCUAAGUUACUAGGAUUCAGGAGGGGAAGCACCAUCGUGGAUUACAGCAUCACAGCAACUACAUUUGAAGAAGGACAAAUCCAAGCACUAAAAAUUGGGAUAUUUUCAAAACUGGCAGAAACCUAUUCUAUGAUUAUUGACAGCCCAAAAUCCAUAACGUUUGUUAAACCUUUUUUUGGAAGAAGGGUGAAUUUGACUUGUGGUCCAAUACCAAUUUAUCUCAAUUUCACUGGCAGCUGGACCUCAGAGUGGAGACGUGACGGCGUGUUAAUACUUCAAGAUAGAGAUUUACACAGUUUUUCGAAAACCAGCGAAAGUGAAACCUUAACGGUGUCAAGAUUUUUUGCCACUGACAAUGGAAACUACGAAUGUAGGCUGAAAGAAGGAAACAUCUUCAGACAGAAAUCAAACAAUCCUUUCUCUUAUAAGGACACACCAUUAGUCCAAGUAUCACCAGUGAAAAAACGGGUCAAGUGUGAGGUGGGAAAGGAUGUGUCACUGAAGUGCUCUGUCAACAGCCCCUACCAGGUUAUGUUUAUAGAUAAAGUUGGAUCAAAUAUAAAAGAUGGUGAAAUCACACAUAUACAUACAAUUAAGAAGUGUCCAACCCCGAUGGAGACGUUCACUUGUCAAUCGAAAAUCUCGCCUGAUUUUAAAAAUGAAAUAACACUGGAGUUCCCCACGGGGGACUUCUUAUGUGUCAGUGAAAGGGAGUUUGGCGUUGGAAAUCUUGGUGACCAGGCUGAAGGUGCUUGUAAUUCAACUGAGGUGGGGAAAACGAUAGCAGAGUGUCAGAGAACUGAAACCUGGAAAGUUGUAGAAGACCAAUGCAUCCUAAAGGAAAUCCAGGCGCUGCUUGACCAGUCUAAGUUCCUGAAUAAUAAUUCACUGGCAGCAUUCCUGAAAGAACUCAGAAAUGUCACUGAGAAGUUCAGAGAGAAAGUGGUUGAAUCAUCGCCCAACAUUAAAGCCAUUGUUGAAAUAUUCAAUAAUGUAGCAAACACAACAUCAUCUUUAAAUAUCUUGAUAACUGAAACUGAAAUGAAGGAUGUCCUAUUAACUGCAAAUGUCCUCACUGCAGAUGAGUCAAGGCAACAAUGGGACUUUCUAAACACCAAAUCCACUGUAAAGAGCUCAGUAGCAAAACGUAACGUCCGCAAAGCUGAUACUGCCAGCUCAUUAUUUUUGCAGUCUCUUGAGACUAUAACAAGUAACAUUAACAGUGACUCUUUUGCGAUUGUUACACCUUCUAUUCUCUUGAACAAAACCACAUUCACAGACACCUUCAGUGGUGACUUUAAUUCUUCAGUGGAGAUAGACAUACCAGAGGCUAAUGGAGGAAAUAAGUCGAUCACUGUGAUAACGUUUUCCUCGAUGGAUAACGUGCUCCCAGCAAGAGACAAAGUCAAUUCAACCCUCAAUGUCAUCAAUGGGAAGGUGGUGCUUGUCCAGUCCGGUGGCACCGUCAAUAAUAUUUCCUUUGCCUUUGAUAUCAUCAACAUUACUUUGGGAAACCCACAGUGUGUUUUCUGGAACUUCAGCCUCUUCGAUGGCUUGGGAGGAUGGGACAACAAGGGCUGCAAUUUGACAUUCAACGUUAACAAUACCGUCACCUGCACAUGCAACCAUCUGACCUCCUUCUCCAUCCUUAUGUCACCCUUUGUUCCUGAUUUCCCUCUGUUGGAUUAUAUAACCUAUAUUGGGGUUGCCAUAUCCAUGGCCUCCUUGGUUAUAUGCCUCAUCAUUGAAGCUGUCAUAUGGAGAAAAAUUCGAAAGAGCACCACCUCCUACUUGCGUCAUGUGUCCAUUGUUAACAUUGCUUUGUCCCUCCUGAUUGCAAACAUUUGGUUUAUUAUUGCAGCAGCCAUCUCAGAUGCGGAGGUGAAAAACCAACCAGCGUGCACUGCGGCCACCUUUUUCAUCCAUUUUUUCUACCUAGCCAUGUUUUUCUGGAUGUUAGCCUCAGCUCUGCUUUUGCUCUACCGCACAGUCAGUGUGUUUGGCGGGGAUUUGUCUAAGCGUUCUUUGUUGGCUAUUGGAUUCUGUUUAGGCUAUGGGGCGCCCCUCAUCAUUGCAAUCAUAACCAUAGCUGUAACUGCACCCGCUAACACUUACAUCAGAGACACUGGGGUCUGCUGGCUCAACUGGAAUCAGUCCAUGGCUCUACUGGCAUUUGUGAUCCCUGCACUGAUUAUAGUGGUAAUAAACCUGGGCAUCCUGAUUGUGGUGUUGUACAGAAUGUUGAGGAGGAGGGCAGUGGUAGAUGCUGCACAGGCCGCAGAGAGGAACGCUCUUGUGGUUAUUGCUCGGACUUUGGCCUUCCUCACACCAUUUUUUGGAUUAACUUGGGGUCUGGGAGUUGGAACUAUGACUGACCCACACAACAUAGGAAUCCAUAUUUCAUUUGCAUUCUUCAAUUCACUGCAGGGUUUCUUCAUAUUGUUGUUUGGAACACUGUUGGACAAAAAGGUGCGGACAGAAAUAGCAUUGAUGUCACAGACAUCCAAAAGUGGGACAAGGAGCACCAGCGGUGGAAUGUCAUCAUCAAACGGACUGGGAAUUUUCCGCAACUGGAGAAGAGGAAGAGAUGGUUACAACGUGUCAUCUAAUGAAUCGGGUAAACGCUUGGAGGAGACCAGGGUAAAGUCCUCAACUCGAGGGGGGGGGCUGCGUGUCUGUCAGCCGGUGCAGCGCGACACAGCGGGGCAGAGUGCGUGGCAGCGGGGCAGAGUGCGUGGCAGAGUGCGAGGCAGCGGGGCAGAGUGCGGGGCAGAGUGCGAGGCAGCGGGGCAGAGUGUGAGGCAGCGGGGCAGAGUGCGUGGCAGCGGGGCAGGGUUCGUGGCAGCGGGGCAGAGUGCGUGGCAGCGGGGCAGAGUGCGGGGCAGCGGGGCAGAGUGCGAGGCAGCGGGGCAGAGUGCGAGGCAGCGGGGCAGAGUGCGAGGCAGCGGGGCAGAGUGCGGGGCAGAGUGCGAGGCAGCGGGGCAGAGUGCGAGGCAGCGGGGCAGAGUGCGAGGCAGCGGGGCAGAGUGCGAGGCAGCGGGGCAGAGUGCGUGGCAGCGGGGCAGAGUGCGGGGCAGAGUGCGAGGCAGCGGGGAAGAGUGCGAGGCAGCGGGGCAGAGUGCGAGGCAGGGAACGUGUCUAUAG